AAAUGAUAUUAAUGAAAUGUAUCGAAAUCAAUGCUACACUAGUACGAGUUCUGAGUUCCACAGCAAAACUGACAUAUUUGUUGUAUUAACACUAUGUUUUAAUUCUUAUUUUGCUGGUUUAAUGACUGAUGACUCAUGAAGUCAGCCCUAUUUAUUAUCACUAUUUACAGCUGAACUGCCACACUUUAAAAACUUUUAUAAUGGAGAAUCUUUUGUAACAUGUAGACACAGUAUUCUGAAAUGACAUCACAUUACAUGAGGCUGGAAAGGAUGUUUUUAUUCACAUGUGCACACAUUUGACUUUAGUUGCUAAAGGUUUAGGCUUCCUAAAUAUCUAUCUGAAGCAUGUUCUGCUGUGGAAAGGUUUGCGAAGUCUGUUUGCUUGUAGGCAGGAGGACAAGGGAAAGACCUUGCUGUCUGAAGACAUGCGUCGUGAACUGCAGCGGCAGCAGUGGGAGGAGGAGGAGGAGGCGGCGCUGAAGAGGCCCAUUGGACCACUGCAUUACGAGGACAUCCGAGAAAGAGAGGCACGGGAGCUUGGUGUGGGUUAUUUUGCCUUUGCUCAAGAUGAAGCGCUCAGAUUUAAACAGAGGGAGACUCUGGACAUGUUGCGAGACCAGACCACGGAGCAAAGAGCCAAGCGAGAAAAGUUAAAGGGCACACGGAAAGCCAUGUUGGAUGCCAGACUUGCGAAAGUACGUCAGAGGAAGAUGAAGAAACUGAAAGGAGAUGGAGCAGAAGAGCAGCUGGAUGUAGCAGACAAUGAAGUGGAGAAAGAGGAGAUUGUUGGGCUUGUGCCUUUGUUACCAGAACAAAAAUCACCUGCAUCCGUGGAGAAUAAGAAGGUGGACAUUGUCAUCCAAGAACGAAAAGACACAAAGAUGGGUAUUCCUCAUGUGCGGGAAUGGGAUAAAGGAAAAGAGUUCGCUCUUGGCCAGUGGACAAGUCGACGGAGGGAUGAACGGGAGGCAGAGUUUGCUCCUCCUUCAGAAUACUUCAGCGACUAUAAGAAACCCAACCAGGGGAAAAGCUGGACCAGGAGCAGGCAAGGAUAUCCCCCCAAGGGCCCAGCAGCACAGAGCCCUGGAAGCACACAAGCAGCAGCCUCCCAGACUCCUCCACCAGAGCAGCAGUCUCUCGAUGACUUGCUGGCGUAUUACAAACACUCAGUAUAAACAGGUUCCCCUUCUAGAAAACACAGUAAGAAAACCAGAACAGGAGAUAGGAAUCCGUCGGUCCAGCAGGGCUCGUCCGGUUCCUAGCAGCUGGUUGAUGUGGGCAGAUCUGUUGAUCCACCAGAAACGAUGAACGUUUCUUGACAGGUUCAAAACUGUCAAUGUGGAGCCUUGGGAGAAAGGAUGUAGUUGUAAGUAAAGGCAGAGGCAAGCGGAGGAAGGUAAUUUAGGAACCUUUGCAGUUUUGUAUGUGUGCAGGCAGAAAUGACUUGAAAUGGCUUUUACUGUCUUGAAAUGAUUGUCUUAUAAUUGUACCUUCUGUAGCCCAUUAUAGGAUUAAAGUGUAGAUUCAUGGUUCAUUGCUGGGAUUAGCAUGUCUUCACAGUGGAGACCAGCCUGCUACAGUACAUUAACACCUGAGUGUCUGUUUUGAGGCACGUUUUAAAUACAUUUUCAUGUAACAAAACAAGAAGAGAAAUAAAUGAACUGAAGUAAGUUGGGUGUUUAUUUUUUUAAUUCUCUUAAACUGGUCUUGCUUCAAAAAAGAGCCUUGGUGUGUUACAGAUGGACUGUCACUAGAGGGCACCACCAGCUGCAGUUGUAAACAGUGGGAAAUGCCAUAGGCAACACAAAAGGCUUUUCUGAAGGGUUUCCUUCAGCAAAGCUUUUUGUUGGAGUUAUGUCCUGUAAUAUUACAUUUAGAGCCUUUUUGGUUUGUUUGUUUUUUGUUUUACUUCCUUUUCUCACAAAGAUUCAUAUCUUCUGUUCAGUAAACUAAAUUACAAAAAUCUGAAUAGUUCAAAACCCACUGGACCCUGACCGAUUGUACAUUACUCUUGUUUACUCCUAUCCCACAAUCUUGACAUGCUGUGGUUUCAAAUCCAUUGUUUUAUGCACGGCACAAUCUUAACGACAGUACAUACAGGUACUUGUGUCAUUGUUUUGUAAGCCCUGCUUUCUGUGAUGUGCUUAAAGUACUGGUUAAGCUUAGCUAUGUCAAGUCCUUUUAAGAUCUAGAGACUUUUAAUCAAUUCCCUCUCUAACCCUUCUUUGUUCUAGGCUAAACCAGUAAGUUUAUUUGUACUAGUCAAUCAAUCAAUCAUAUAUUUUAUGUAGUGCCCCAUAUACAUAAUAAAAUGUCUCAAGGCGCUUCAGAAAAU